GCUUUGUCGGGACAACUUGGAGACUCAGGAAAAAUGCCCCAGCCUUCACCUGCAUCUGCGAAGCCAGAGACCCAGGCCACACCUGCGAUCAAAAAGGCAGAGCCGACACCUGCAGCCACAGAAUCACAGGCCAAACCUGCCCCCAUCAAGGCAGUACCGGUCCCAAGCCCAAAGAUGGAUCCUACUUCAGUCAAGAUGGAAACAACACCUACAGCAGCUCUCACUCAAACCGAGCACAAGACCACAGUCAUUCCCACAGCAGCAAAAGGUUCACCUGUUACAGAAGAAAAACAGCCUCCAGUAUUAUUCAAAGCAGAACCUACUAUGGCUACUCUGAUAAAGACAGAUGUACAAGAAAAGGCUGAUGUGCCAAAUGCAGAUAUCCCCAAAACUCUGGAAACUAAAGAAAAUGAAGUGAAAAAGGAGUUCAGUGGGAUGGAAAUUCCCAUAUCUGAAAAGUCUGAACCUGAUAUUCCAAAAGUCAAAAUUGAUGCAGUUAUUGCUACAGCUUUCUUACCCCCAGUGACAGAGGCUACAGCUGUUUCCACCUCCCCUCUUGCUGCUGAGGAUGCUCUGCCUGGAGUUCCAGUUACUGAAGUAAAGUCAACCCCUCUUUCUGCUCCAGAGACAAUUAUUAAGGAAGAAAAGCCUGAUGAUGAUGUCAAACAGACAGAACCAACCAAAUCUGUUCAGCAAAUUGAGGUGGAACCAGACACAGCACAAGAAACACAGUUGGUAUUGGAGGCAGAACCAGUGACAGAGGCAGACAUCAAGAAAAUGGCUAAUACGUUGGCUGAAAAGAUUGUUGUCACUUCAACUCCAGAGACGACACCAGUAUCUACAAAGAGCAUCAUUAUUAAAGACCAAGAUGAGACCAAAAAAGAGCCAAUGACAGAAAGAAACGUUUCCCUAACGACUGGACAGGUUCUCCCUGCAAUGGCUACAAAGCCCAAAUCUAAAGAAGAGGAGCAUGAUGACGAUCAACCCCAGAUUCUACCUAUAUUACAGGAAUUAACGGAUGAGCAGGUGGUUAGUGACAUAAGGGAAAAUGAUAAAAAUACAGAACCAUCCAUGCCAGUAAAUAAAGAAGUUAAAGCUGAAAGAAGGCGUCUAAGUUUCCAAGCAAUCAAUGAGAGCAGUGAAAGUGACCUCACACCAUCACCCUCAAAUAGGUUCCAAAGGAGGAGGCUAAAGGUGACACAUGUUUCAUCCAGCAGUGAGGAUAUCAAAACUGAAAGCCCUGAUUCCUCUGAUGAUGAUGAAGAGUUCAUCCGCAAGCAGAUAAUGGGUAUGGGUGAUGAAGAGGAAAUGUCUCUUUCAGACAAUGAGAAAGGAAAUGAUUUGGCAAAUGAGGGAGUUGACAAUGAAGCAGAGCUUGAUAACACUACAGUGACAACCAAACCACUGCUGAGAGAAGGAAGCAUAGACAAUGAAGACAACUCAGCAAGGAAAAUAGCUCUCCCAAAAACUGACACUGCAACUGCUCAAGAUGUUCCUGAAACACUGCCCAGCACUACUUUCACGAAAGCCAUGGCUGUCAUGAGACAGAGACAAAGCACUGAUGAAGAAGUAGAGAGCAUCACGGAAUCUCUGUCAAAGGGAUCCUCUAGUGUUCAGGUAUCUAGCUUCACUCCUGGAUCUUCACCUACAUCAGCCUCAUCACUUGAAGAGGACAGUGAUAGCAGCCCCAGUCACAGGAAAGUCAGUGGGGACAAACGACAUCGAAAAGGUAAGCACAGGCAACCAACCCAGCUUCUCUCAACUAUUGAAGACUCGUCUGAAGAAGAGAAGUUUGGAAAAGAUAAAGAUGAACUUAGAGCACAUGGUCAGCCACUGUCUCCAACUGAAGAUGUUUCCUCCACCAAUAGACCAUCUAGCUCUGAGUACUAUGCCAGCAUAGAAUCAGAAGCAGAGGCUCGACAAGCUGUACAGCGAGGACGUAAGCCUUCCCCGACAGUGAUACCAUACACUCCCACUGAUCCAUUUGAAGAGAGUGAGGGUUUUUCAAAAUUUUUGAAGAGUGCUGAAGAAGCAUAUGAGGAAAUUAUUCAGAAGACGAUACCAGGAGAGAGUCCUCCUGAUAUUGAGCCACUCUAUGGAGGAAUGGCAAUUGAGGACUAUCUUUAUGAAUCCUUAGUAGAGGAGCCUGAUAUUAAGUUGAGUGAAUCUCAAGAGGAAGAACCCACACAGAAUACUGGCUUUGAAUGGAACAAAAAGCUAAGGUCACCAGAAGAGGUUUAUGAGGAGAUGAUGCAGAAAAAAAGAGAAUUGAUGAUGAUAGAGCAAGAGUUUCAGCAGGCCCAGACUGCCAUGGAAUGUUCUCCUACGGGGGCUUCAGUCUCUGGGCCUCCAUCAGUUGCUGAGACCUGUGUGGUAACUAUGCCUAUGGAGGAAACAUUCCUCACUGAGCAAAUUGAUAUUCCUAUUACAGGCACUGAAACUUCCAAUGAAUUAACAACAAAGAAAAAGAAACGGCCAGCUCCACCCCGCCCCACUGAACCUCCUAAGCGCACUGACAUGACUUUUGUUCCCAGUACUCCAAGUGUGUCGAUAGGUUUUGUUAGGCCUAUGGUUCCUCAAGAUCCUGCACUCAGAAAAUCAUUGUUCCCCAUACCAGACCUCAAGAUUACUCAGUGUUCAUCUGGGGAGGAAGAGGAUGACAGUCUUGCAGAUGAAUAUGGUGUCGGCAUUUCCUCUGACAUUACCCCCAGUGAUGACUCUGAGACUAAAGAAGAUCCGUCGAUGAGUCCAACUUUGUCUGAAACCACUGAUUUUGAGCCUAUAUGUGUGGUCUGUGAAAUUCCAGAGCCAAAACCUAUUCCAACUCCAAUAUCAGCCCCUGAACUCACCAGUACACCUUCCCCCGUAUCACCAGCGUCACCUGCAACUUCACCAGCCACUCCAGAUUCUAGUUUGGUUUCUAAUGCUACUUCUUCAUCCCCAUUCCAAGCUCAAACGCCUCUUUCAUCAGAUUCAACUCCACUGUCUACGCCAACACCUCCAACUUCAUUUGUCACACAAUCACCUGCAGAGGUCUCGCCACCAUCGCCUGCCACAAUUGGAGCAGUACCGUCUAGUGGGGACUCAAUAGUUACAAUACCAGAUGUGGUAUCUGAUCCAUCCAAAGCUCAAACAACUGCAGCAGUUCAAGUUAAGCCUUCUACAACUGUAUUACCAACUCAAAUCCCAGUGGAGAUGUCCCCUGUACCUGUUGUGGUCCAAAUGCCAGACUUAGUUUCAUCUCCAUCUCAGUUGCCGAUGGAGGCGCCAGCUGUCAUACAGACUUCAGCACCAAGUCCAGCACCUGUUGUUGUCUCAGCUAGACCAACAGCCCUAGUUACAUCCACACCUGUGACAUUCUCUACUCCAGCUUCAGCUCAUGUUGUGUCUGGUUCUGUCACUCUGGCCUCAUGCCCUGGGCCAGUCAUUGUCCAGAUGCCUGACCUAGUUUCGACUACAUCUCCAAUCUCUCCACGGACUCCACUACCAGUUUCAGCCCUUGUAACAACCCCUGCUCAAGCCCAAGCCAAAGUGGUACACUCAGUCCCUGUACAAUCAGCUGUACCAUCAAUGAGCCCAAUGGUCAUCCCAGCUCUAACUCAAACAGCCCAGUUGCCUGGAUCUGCUCCGGCAUCAACUGCUAUUGUCAAAAAGAAGGUCCCACCACCUCCACCCCCUCGGUCUACCUCAGUGUCAUUACCGGAACCUAACACAGAACUGCCACUUGUAAAGACUGUUCAGCGUGUCACACCUGCGGUGACCACUACCAUAGCUAUGGAAACCACAGUAGCUGGCCAGCCUAUGCGGUCUGUAGUUGUGGAUAUACAACCAAGAAUGGAAGAUAUACAAUCAGAUAGUGUGGAUGUACCUCAUAUAGUGACACCAACCAGGCAAGGGCAUGUAGUCUUCAUAGUGCCCAGUGGGGAAAACAAAUCUCUGUUUGGACGAACCCCACAAAAUAUAGCGAGUACAGGGUCAAUGACUUCAACUGCUUCUCUGCCAAAGAGUACUCAAAUAGCCACAGACCAAGUUUCAGCCUCACCAUCCACUUAUCUGUCAUCUGUGCCAGUAGCUUCAGCUCCACCACUUCCACCUAAACCUGUGGUAGGAACCACAGCUAUAGACACAGUAGAAAUACAUGUAGCAGAUACACCUCCUCCUACAUCACCCAAGCCAACUGUUUAUCCAAAGCCACCAGUUCCCACUCCAGUAUCAAUUGUAUGGCAAAGCACAACACCAGGACCACAUGUUUCUGUUACAACUGGUCAUGGUCAAGCUGCCAAGCCUCCCCCACCCAUACCACCUAAGCCUAUAUCAAUUCCAGCUGGAUUGGUUUUCAGCCACAAGCCAGGAGAAAGUGUCAAGCCACCUCCUCCUGUAGCCCAUAAAGCCGCAACACUGCCCAGGACCAAACAACCUCCAAAUGCUCUGUCACUUAGCCUAACACGACCUGUGGAUUCUAAGUUUGGUGCGACGUCUCCCAAGUCACCUCUGUCUCCUAGAUAUGCCAAAUGUUUGCAAACCUAUGUGGUGAUAACACUUCCAUCUGAGCCUGGCUCACCGACAGAGAGUAUAACGGUCCAGGCACCUAUAAGACGAGGGUCCACUCCAGCUGCAAGAGUGUCAGGGGUACAAACCACACCUUCAGAGCAGAAAACACCUACUGAGGCAUUCUCAGCACAGGCUACAGUGAAAAGAACCUCCAUCCCCACUGUAAGGCAUCCACCUCCAAUACCCGCAUCACUAACUGUGUCACUAGAGGGGGUCACAAUCUCUGAGGUUGUGAAUGGUAAAGAGCAAACCAAGGAAGACUCUGUAUCUUCUGUAAUACAACCAUCUGUGGCUGAUGUCAUCACAGUGUCAUCAGAUCAGGUGACAUCCAUUCAGGUACAUAGUGUACCUCUUCCAAUCAAGAAACCCUAUGUGCAACAACAACAACAAUCAAUUACCCAGCCACCACCACCACCUAAAACCACAUCUGAAGUCAUCACAAUGCCCCCGGAGCCAAAGGUUGUUAUUCAACCACUAACAGUCCAAGGUACAGCAAGAGCACAGUCUAUACCAUCUGUUGCUCAGGUCACAACAGCUCCUCCACAUAUUUCAAAUGAAACACCAGUUCCACAGGCCCCACUACCAACUGUACCUGUGCAACCACAGCCACUGAAAGAGGUUAUUGUUGUACCACUGCAGCCUGUGCUACCUUUGGAUACAAUGGUUCUCCAAGAUAGACCAGCUGUACUGCCCACAACGUUUCUUUAUUCACAAGUUGAAACUCAAAUAGAAAUGCCACAGGAUAUGCCUACUGAUCUCAUUGUCACUGAGGGCCUUAUAAGAUCAUUGAUACCUGGAGUGAGUCAGCAAAUUCCUGCUGAAGAUCAACUUGCGGUUGUUGAAACAGUGACAGACCAAAUAUUUCCAGCAGAUACUCACACAAUUGCUGAACUCACAUCAGUACCACAAAUUGUUCAGCCUUUACACAUGCUACCCAUAGUGACAGAGCACCUAUAUAUGCAGCUACCACAGCUUGAAGCAGAUGUGGUCACUGUUCCUACACAUUUCCUCACUGAGGUUAUUACAAUGGAUUCUGCUAUUAGAAUACCAACAACAGCAUAUCCAGUACCACAAACUCAACAUGUAACAGCUGAAGUCAUCCCGACACCUGAAGUAACUAAGUUAAUUCCAUUAACCACAGUUGAUAGAAUUAUGAUUCCCACAGUCCCUGAACUAACACAAUCACCUCUUUUGAUGGAAGUCCAACAAAUGACAGUCCAGCCAGAAGUAUACCACCCUGUUAUACCACAGGUCUAUGGAGCAAUUACAUCCUCAGUCAUUUCACAUUCAAUGCCACCACUGGAGGUCAUUGCAAUGCAGCCUGAACGUGAGACACCCACAGAAAUUAUAACAAAGAAUGUUGAUGUAUGCAGAGCUUCAAUACCAUCAACUGUGCCAGUUGGAGUUAUUACAACAGAGGAAACCACAAGUAGGAGGAGGACAUCUAUAUCAUCCACGGUGCAGCCACUACACACAUCAAGUGAGAUAUUUCCCUAUCCUGUGGAAUAUGAUAUCCCCACCCAGGUGGUUACAACUGAGGCCUUUGCUGCCAGCAGGAGAGAAUCCAUAACAAUGCAGCAACCACUAACAUUGGCACAGGUAGUAAACAUGCCAGCUGAAAAAGAUAUUCCCAUUGAUGUUUAUGGUGUUCAGGUUCCCUACAGGAGAGAAUCCAUUCCUUCUACAGAACAACAUCCACAAGUGUUAACUUAUUUAUCGAAAUAUGAUCAGCCUCUGGAGAUAAUCACUGAUGUAUACAGCAGGAGAACCUCAUUGCCCAAUGUACAGGACAUUCCACAGGGUGUGUCUGGGACCCCAGUCACCAUAACUAAAAUUCAGCAAGAGUCUAUUGAGAGCCAAGAGAUUCGUGGACCAGAAAAGGUGGUGUCAAGUAUGAGUCACAUGUAUUCGUCUUCAAUUUCAACUUCAGGUCAACCCCCUGAAAGCCUGCCCAGCCUGGUCACUCAGGUGGUCACGACUGAGGUCCAGAGGAUGACUGUCUCUGUUGUCCAUGAAAGACUUCCACAGGUCCCUCCACCCAGUGUAGCAAUCACUAUACAGCCAGACAUAGCUAAAGUCCAAUCUCUGCCAAAACAGAAUGGGAAGAUAAUAUAUCCUGGUGAUGUUAUCGAUUUACGCACUAUGAAGGUUGGCCUAAGGAUGACGGAACAAGGCAUGGACCUGUCACAACCUGAGUCACGUCGACAGUCUUUCUCAAGUGACUCUAGUGGGCGACAAAUCACAGCAGUGCAGCCUGAGAUAGUAAAUCUUAGUUCAGUCAUCACCCCUGCAACCACAUUGUCGGUUGUCACUGACAGCAUCACAAUAGUCACAUGCACAGCAACUAUUGCCUCAUAUAACAACACUCCAGCAGAGAAACCUCUUGAUUUGCAGGGCCCUGUGACAUCAUUACCUCUGCCUCUCACCACUUGCAAACCAUUUGAACCACUUGCACAGAUUGUAUACAGACCUGUGAAUUCUCAGCCCUUGGUCAGUGCAGUAGCAUUUAGAGCUCAGGACAUUCCCAUUAAUCUUUCUUUUGGAGCACUUGUAUCUUCAGAAGUCAAACAGCCACUGACUUCAACCCCAGCUCCCAUCAGCAAUGGAGGUCCUGUGCUUUCCCUAGAAGCUACAGGGGCAAUGGAUCUGUCAAACUACAGACCAGUGAGAGCUAUGGUAGCUUUGUCUGGCACAAGCCCAGGAGUGGUGACCACUGUUGUAGAAGAUGAUGGGACUCCAGUCGACCUCACAGCUAGUCGGAGGAGUGUAUGCUGUGAUGUUAUUUACAAGCUACCAUUUACAGGAAGCUGCAGAACACUGCCACCGGUUAUAACCCAGCCUGACAAUCGUUUUGGUUACAGAGAUGACCACUACCAAUAUGACAAUGCUGGAAUUUAUGGUAUCAAAGGCAUGAAUGGUAUAAAAGCGUCAAUGUCUGAGACCAACCUGACAGAGGCAGGACUCUUCUCCCAUGAUUCCAAGAACGACUAUGACUAUCUCAGUGGACCUUCGGAUGGGGCUAUAGACCUCACUGCUGCUAAACUUUCUCCUGGUAAAGCUCUAGACUUCACUCACAAAACUACUGGAGUCUACCCUGGGAUGACUUCUGAUCCAUACUCCCAGAUCCCUGCAGCUGCUUUCGGUGUUAAUAGUGCUCUAAGAACCUCAGAUGGAAUCGUUUACUCCUCAGUCUCUGCCCCGGUUCCAUCCACGUAUGCAAUUACAACUCAACCAGGCUCCGUGUUUAGCACCACCUUUACACCUACAUCAACAGUCCAAAACCAGUCAGUGCCAUAUCCAUAUGGCUUAAUUCCCACUACAGACCCAGGACAGAUCAUUCCUUAUGACACAGGCCUACCUAAGGAGCUUCUACCCACAGCUUUAGCUGACAUUAUAACAGGCUAUCCAGAAAUGUACUCUGACACCACUCUGGAAGCAAUUGCUGCCUCUCUGGAUGCCUUGGCUUCUUCCCCAAUAUUCCCUGGCUUAGACAACACCAAGAUGGCCCAGUAUCAGAUGGAGAGGGAGUUUCUAGAGCUAGAGAAACUUAAGCAACUGUGUCUUGCUGAGGAGCUAGAGUGGGAAAGACAGGAGAUCCAGCGUUACCGUGAGCAGGAACAGCUUAUGGUCCAAAGGGAGCUUGAGGAACUUCAGGCUCUGAAACAGCAGCUUCUCCUGCAGCAAGAGGAAGAGCACCAUGCUCACAUGGUGGCCCAGCAGGAGACGUAUGUCCAACAGAAAGAGCAGCUGCAGCAAAUCCAACAACUCCAAAUUCAACUCCAACGCCAGCUAGAUGAGCACUACAGUAGCACUGGUACCACAGGAAACAUCCUUGAUGCUAAAUAUGCAGGAGUAGGGGACGGUGGUCAGUACUGGCCUGUCAAAGACGAGUCUACAACUCCAUCAAUUACAGCACAGUUAGAGGAAAGCCAGGACCAUAUUAGUUUAGGAAAUAAGCUGCAAGCUGACCAUGACACAGGGAAAAAAAUAAUUGAUAGUGGAGUGCAGACAGAUGACGAAGACUCAGCAGAAAAGCAGCCUGUGGGAAGGAGAAAAAAGAAUAAGAGAAAUGUUGACAGCUCAGCUCAGACUGAUGAUGAAGACCAAGAUGAAUGGGAAGCCCCCACAAAAGCACGACGGCGCUCUCGAAAACAUAGCAGUGAAGGGAAACAUGGCUCUAAGGUCGCUAGCAUUGCUAUCCAGACAGUGGCGGAGAUAUCUGUCCAGACUGACCACUCUGGAACAAUCAAACGACCCAAUGUGAAGAUGGAGACGAAGGUGGAAAUUAUUAAGCAUAUCUCAGCUCCCGAAAACUCUCAGAGAGGUGGCAGUCUUAGCUGUCAGACAGACUCAGAUAGAAGGCACAUACCUAUUGAGGUGGGAUACAGCACACACCUAACAACGGAUGUUCCCACUAAGACUAAAAUCUUCUAUACUGCAGUCUCCCCGUUGUCCCCAGAAAAGUCACUUGGAGGGCAGAGAAUGCUAACUGCUGACCCAACCAGAUUUUCCUCUGGCCCUCGGAUAUUAAAGACUGCUCAAAAGUCUCUAUCUGAUCCUAUAUCCCUGAGUCCCACCAGGGAGGACAGGAUGAGUGGAUACAAUGCAGACAGCUAUACUGGACGAGGCUCUCCCUCUGGCACAGGAAAGAAAGUAAAACGGACACUGCCAGACCCCCCUCCUGAGGAUGACUCUUUGACAGGAAGGUCAGGCUACAGCAGCAACUCUGCACGUCGUCGUCUUGCCCGCAGCACAACAAUGGCUCGGGCAAAGAUCCUGCAGGACAUUGACAAGGAGCUCGAUCUGGUGGAAAGAGAAUCCUCUAAACUACGCAAAAAACAGGCUGAGCUGGAUGAAGAGGAAAAAGAGAUUGAUGCCAAGCUUCGGUACCUGGAGAUGGGUAUCAACAGACGUAAGGAUGCCUUGCUGAAGGAGAGAGAGAAGAGAGAGAGGGCCUAUCUCCAGGGGGUGGCAGAGGAAAGAGAUUACAUGUCAGACAGUGAGGUUAGCAACAUCAGAGAGAGUAGGGGUGAUGGCCUGGAGAGACCACGGACCGCUCCCCAAUCUGAGUUUGACCAAUUCAUCCCCCCACAGACAGAAGCUGAUUCCCAGUACAACACACUAACUAGUCCCUACUCCCACUAUGCCCAGUAUGUUCCCCAGACCCAAACCACCAGUCCCUAUACCCAACAGAACCUAUACCAGCAGCAGUCCCUCUACCAUCAACAGGUGUCUCCUUACCCAACUCUAACCCUCUCCCAUGCCCAGGCUCAGUCAAAUAGUUACCAACAUGCUCUGCUCUUGCAGCAGGGAAAGCAGCGACAAACCACUUUGUCAGAUUUAGAGCCUAAGAUCAAUACUAACUAUGAAGUAAUACGCAGCCAACCUCUGCUCAUUGUACCAACCUCCACAGAAAGUGGCUAUGGAGUGGCUCACCUGGGGGGCAAGUAUGGCAACUUGGACUUGAGGCUAGGGAUAGAGGAGAGGAGCAUGGCCUCUAGUCCCAUGUCUAGUAUUUCUGCUGAUUCUUUCUAUGCUGAUAUUGACCACCACAAUGCCAGGAACUAUGUUUUGAUAGACGACAUAGGGGAGCUCACCAAGUCUUCAACCGGGCUGAGCAACACCGGCAUGGGUUCGGGAUUCAACCUGCCUGAUAAGGAGUUGUCCAAGGCAGACAGACUACUAAGAGCAGCAGAAGUCAGACGCACAGCAGAGGUGGCAGAGUUUUUAGGCUCAUCUCGUCUUCAAGGUUAUGGUAAAGGAGAAGAUGACACUAUGGAAGAGCCCUAUGAACUUAAACUACUGAAGCAGCAAAUCAAGCAAGAGUUCCGGCGAGGAACUGAGGGGCUAGAACAUUUAACAGGUUUGGGACUACCCCAGUAUCUCCCCAGUGAUGGCAGUUUUCGCAGCUUUCCUAAAGGAGAGAAAUAUAGCAUUGGCAGGCUCACCCUUGAAAAACAGGCUGCGAAGCAACUACCAGCAGCAGUGCUUUACCAAAAACAGAUGAAGAACAAAAAGGCCCUAAUAGACCCUAAAGCGAUCACAAAAUUCUCCCCAAUUCAGGAGAGUAGGGACCUGGAGCCUGACUAUGGCAACUACAUGGGGUCUGGAGCCUCCUCUGUUAGCAAUCUAGCAGCUAGGGCUAGGUUGCUUCAGGAUGAGAUUACAUUUGGGCUAAGAAAGAACUUGUCUGAGCAGCAAAAAUACUUGGGCUCCUCUCUCGGGGCCAACCUAGCUGGUUCUCUUAAUCUUGGGCAGUCCCUUGGAUUGGGAUCACCUAUCAGAGCCACUGUCCAGGAUGAUGGCACCUACCCAAGUGGCAGUCGUUCCCGACCUUCAUCUCGCCCCUCCUCUCGGCCCUCUUCUGUCUAUGGCUUGGAUCUAUCUAUUAAACGGGACCUAUCCAGCUCCUCACUUAGACUUAAAACAGAGGGAGAGGUCUUGGAUGCAGCAUUUGCCCCUGGGGUGGCCAGAGUAAAGCCAACUAGUUUACCUAUCAGCCAAAGCCGGGGCCGCAUCCCCAUUGUGGCUCAGAACUCUGAGGAAGAGAGCCCUCUGAGCCCAGUGGGGCAGCCUAUGGGCAUGGCUAGAGCCUCAGCUGGACCUCUCCCUCCCAUCUCUGCUGACUCCAGGGACCAAUUUGGGUCUAGCCAUUCCCUGCCAGAGGUACAGCAACAUAUGAGGGAGGAAUCUCGAACGCGUGGCUAUGAUCGAGACAUUGCAUUCAUCAUGGAUGACUUGCAAGGUGCCAUGUCUGACAGCGAAGCACUAAGUGAGUCCAUGCUGGCUCUGAACAGAGAUGAUGCCAGAAUCUUUCAUGAAAGUAUCAGACACGCUGGAGGCCCAAACUGGAAUAUAGAAGCCUACCACCUGAGGAGAGAGGACACAGACUGGUUUGACAAGCCGAUAGAAGGGCAUCUGCCAAGUGGAAGCAUGUCAGACAGAAGACAGAUGACACUGGUCCCUUAUGCCUACCCUCACACUUGCGUCACGCUUAAGAGAGACCUGCAGGACACCAGUGUGUCAGGGAAUGGACUCGGAAUUCGUGUAGUGGGUGGAAAGGACAUUCCUGGGGGCAGAGGAGAGAUCGGAGCCUACGUUGCCAAGGUCGUCCCUGGUGGUGUGGCAGAACAAACAGGAAAGGUUGUAGAAGGAAUGCAGGUGCUGGAGUGGAACGGAGUCCCUCUGAUGGGGAAGACUUACGAAGAAGUGCAGUGCAUCAUGGGCCAGCCAUGUGCAGAGGCGGAGCUCUGCGUGAGACUUGACCUUAAUAUGCUGUCUGACCCCGAGCACCCACAAGCCCUGGAGCACCAUGUCCAGCUUAAGGCUGGUGGGCAGCGUUCCCCUGGGGUGGAUCCUAACCAGUUGGCUGCAGAGCUGCAAAAGGUGUCGCAGCAGCAGGGUCCUGGUUUGGCAGGAACAGGGGUUUUGACCGGGAGUUUAGGGGUCCUGUCUGCACUGGAGCGGUCCGCCCUCCUCCACUCGGGGACUGGAUCGGCUGCCUCCAGUGGUGUGCCGAGCCCUGGCCAGCCCGCGUCCCCCGCCAUAAACAAAAAACAGCGACACAAGCCAGCUGAGGUGAUGACGAUGCCUCACCCCAUCACUGGAGAAAUUCAGCUCCAGAUCAACUAUGACAGGAACCUAGGAAACCUGAUCGUACACGUCCUGCAGGCUAGAAACUUAGCCCCGAGGGACAACGACGGCUACUCUGACCCUUUCGUCAAGGUCUACCUCUUACCGGGAAGAGGCCAAGUCAUGGUUGUCCAGAAUGCAAGUGCUGAAAACAAGAGAAGGACCAAGUAUGCCCAGAAGACAAUGAACCCUGAAUGGAACCAGACUGUCAUCUACAAGAACAUUCAUUUGGAGCAGUUAAAGAAAAAGACACUGGAGGUGACAGUGUGGGACUAUGACAGAACCUCCUCCAAUGACUUCCUUGGAGAGGUGUUGAUUGACUUGUCGAACACUACCCAGCUGGACAACACUCCUCGCUGGCUGCCCCUGAUGGAGCAGAGUGAGAGCAUUGAGCACAACAGAGCCCACCAUGCCGCUCAAGGCCCACCCGGGUCUGGGUCUGGUCAGGGACAGGGCCAAGGACACAUGUCAGGACCUGUGUUGGGGUCUGGGCAUGUUAUGGGACAGGUUCAAGGACUGGGAGAUGAGAUUCAUGAUUCACCUAAAAACUCUGUAAUCAAGAGCAGAAGUCAUGGACUUUUUCCCGAUCCAGCUAAGGACAUGCAGAUGAUCCCUUUGGAGAAGUCACACAGCAGCCCGAGCAGCUCCAAGUCAUCCUCUGAUGGCCAACUGCGCUCCCACGGCCCAUCCCGAAGCCAAAGCAAGAGCAGCGUCACUCAGGCCCACCUUGAGGACGCUGGGAUAGCCAUCGCUGCCGCUGAGGCCGCCGUCCAACAGUCCCGCCUGCAACCAAGACCAGGACACCGGCUGGGUGAUGUCUCAGGGUCAGUGGUGCUGUCUGCCCCGAGUCUCAUAGGAGACGCCUACGGAGGUCUGGACGGGGAAGAGGGAGCGGGCACUGGAGUUGACAGUGCCAUUUUCCAAGUGCCACGCAUUGGUAAGACUGUUCCCAACGGCACCGACAAAAACCAGCUGGGAACCCCAGAAAAUGAAGCUGGUAAAACACAAGUAAUAGGGGAGAUCAAGGUCGCUCUCAAGAAGGAGGUGAAGCCAGAGGGAGACCAGCUGGUUUUGGAAAUCCUUCAAUGCAGAAACAUCACGUACAAGUUCAAAAGCGCAGAUCACCUACCAGACCUGUACGUGAAGCUGUAUGUGGUGAAUGUGGCCACUCAGAAGAGGAUCAUCAAGAAGAAGACCCGAGUUUGUCGACAUGACCGGGAGCCGUCUUUCAACGAGACCUUCAGGUUCCCCCUGAACCCAACCGGACACGCCAUUCAGCUUUUCCUGGUGUCCAACGGCGGGAAGUUCAUGAAGAAGACGCUGAUAGGAGAAGCCUACAUCUGGCUGGACAAGGCGGACAUGAGAAAGAGAGCGGUCAGCUGGCACAAACUGUUCGUCAGCUCCACUCUGACCAACCCCUGAGCACCACAGCAACAACAAGAAGAAGAAGAAGAAGAAGAAGAAGAAGAAGAAGAAGAAGGGGUAGCAGCUCAACGAAAGGUGAAGCCCAUGUCACAGGUCCAAUUUUGACAAAAAAUGGAUGAGGCAAAAAAAAAAAGUGUUCAGGAAGAGGAAAUAAAAAAACAAACAAUUUGAUGUAAUUCCUCAGUUGAUACGUUAAAAGAAGAAGUGAAUAAUGUGCUAAUACCAUAAGAAUUGAAUCAGUCCAACACUGCCAGCACACGUCCACCUCUUCCCAUGUCAAGUCUCGGCCAGUUGUGGGCUUUGCUCGUAGGAUGCAAACGUGCAAAUGCCACAUCAGGCACUGAAACAGACUCAACAGCAAUAUGGCUUUUGAGAGCAGUGAUGUCUUUCCCACCAUAGUUCCAACCCCAUGAUCCACAUUAGACACGGUUGUUUUGGUGCUGUGCCACUGAACGAACAUAUCUAUCAGAGGGGGGACAUGAUUUAAAAGUUGAAUUUCACCUGAAUGAGCUUCGUGUUUUGUCCUGUGACAUUCAUCGUUGUACUGCCCACAUGAUGCUUGUGACGUAAUGUAAUGAUGGAGGAAUGCUUAGUGUUUGUAUGAUAGUCAGUUUUAUGAAAAAUAAGAAAAAACUAAAACAACAAAGCCUUUACGUAGAACUGAGUCAAACAGCUGACUUUCGUUGCGGGAUGAAGAUAAACAUGUACAGCACUUCAGAUGUAGAUAUCACACAUGCCGAUUACAGAACAUAUCAGAGAAUCACAUUGUACAGUGUGAUGUUUAUGUAGUAUACAAAGAUAUCAGAUUUAGAAUAUAUCAAAAUACGAUAUACAUAUAAUAUAGAAUGUCAGAAGGUUAUAUAUGAUUAGAUAUACACUUAUGAUCUCUCUAUCUAUGAUCUAGAUUGAGGCCGUGGGUGGCGCACUGACAAUCCACUAGGCUACUUUAGUCGAUGGCGUAUGCAGUCGUGUAGACUGCCAUGUGAAUGUGGACCUAUGUGAGUAAAUGGCUCCUUCGGUCCUGUGAUCACACUGAUGCACCACUAGAUCUUCAGCAGGGCUGCGAUAGAUUUAAAAAUAACGGUCAAGGUCAACAUCCAUCGACAUGUUGCCAUUUCACUGGCAUGUUACCGUGCGGGGCAGUUUAGAAUCACAACAAAACAAAUCGCUUGUUGUGCUCUGAAGCCCAAAGCACGUUGUGUUGAAUGUUCCAAACCAACUGUUGAGGAUGACGAGGAUUUAUCACAUCAUCCGCUGUCAUGUGUGCAGCGUUUUACUUUCAGGCUGUUGUUGUGCUCAGAGUAUGCUAAAUAUUUCUUUCUGUGUAGCUGUGAUCACACUGUUGGAAUGGACAUGUGAUUCACACACGUUGUGUCAAAACCAUGCAUCGACCUGCAACUGUCGGUUUGACAGCUCUGCUUUUUUCGUGCAUUAGUAAAACACCCUGGUCUGAGUCCCCCCCCCCCAAAAAAAAAAAUAAUUAAGAAAAAUUGUUCUUAUCAGUCAAAUGUCAAGGUUCCUCUGUGUGUCUGGCUGUGCUGUAAAACUCACUGUACUGUUUUGUGUCAGUGAACCAGCCUCUUUCACUGCCUGUGACCAAAACGCUCACUCAGGCCUGCUGGGGUUCAGUCAUAUCGAGUCGGGAGAGAAAACGUGGGGCCACGUCGCAGUGCUAAUGUUUGAGCAAGUGACCUGUGUAUUCAUUUUCAAAUGAUUUGCCACCAUAGCUGCAGAAUGAAAUCAAGUGAACCUUUGUCGGUGUAUUUAGGCAUAUCACAGGGCUUAUGCAAUUUUUUUUAGAAUUAAAUAUAAAAAAAAAGGAAACAAUAAAUACACUUGGAACAGAAUGUCACUUGAAUCUCUCAGCAAAGGAAAACACAAAGAGGAUUUAGUAUGGAAGGGAACAAGGUGGAUUUUUCAGAUGAUUAUUUUGCUGUGCCAACCUUCAGAUUUUUAUUUCCAGACUCACUAGUUCUUUUGAAGUACUUCUAUGCAACAUAGAUGUGUUUGAAUGCAUUUCUGUUUUGGAAUUAAAUGAUUUACCUGUAAACAUUAAGUCUUAAAAAUAUGUCUAUAGAAAAUAACUUUAAUUUAUACAUCACUGAGAGAAAAUAUUGAAUACAAAGUAAAUGUAUAAUUUUUUUAACUGAUUUUAAUAUAUAUUGAUGUUAACCGCUGUUAAUAUCUACAUGGAGCUUGUGCACUUUAUUAUUAAAUAUUGUUUAUUUUUCUUGUUUCGUUUUGAACUGUCAUGACAUGCAAGAUUAUGUGUUUUGUGUUUCUGCACUGAAAUGAACAGAAUCGUGGAGUAUGUGGUGGCAGAGAAUAUUGUGGUGUCCAUUUUUUAUCCACGUGGCAAAAGAAAAAUACGCAAACAUGUUGGGGUUCCUAUACACGAUGCACAAACUGGGGAGAAGUCCCCACAUCACGCUUGUAGUCAGAACAGUCGAUGUACAAAGUACAGUAAAAAAGAAAAUACAUAUUCCCUCAGUGCUCAGUCAUGACUGUUUAGCCCCUCGUGUUCCAUUAGACGUUCCUCGAGCUAAAUGCUGUUUGUUUGUUCAGAUCAGAUGUUGCCUGUAAUUGUGAAUCCAUCCAUUUGCUGUUGUCCUGAGGGGUGUGAAUGUGACAUGUGUACAUAAAGUGUUUAUUUUCUACAAAGAUUGAAUGUUUAUAUUGUCCAAAGUUUGAGCAUGUGAGUGUCGGGAAAAAAAAAGAAAAUCACAAAAGACUUAAUAAUUGUACAGCAAUGCGUGUCUAUAGUUGUGUAAGGGGAGUUGACUGUGUAAUCAAAAACAUGUGCUGUCAACCAAUGGCUGUCUGUGCAACCACGUCCUGUAAACGGCUGAAACAACACAAAGGGGGAAAAAAAAAAUAUCAACUCAACUUCAAUAGUUAUCUGAGACUUUAUGUUUUGGAUGUUGCAUGUUUUGUUGAUGGUUUGUCAGUAUAUUUUGCCUACAGAUUAUGUUUAAAAGAGACAGAAUAUGUAUAGAUUUAUCUGUAUGCUGACUGUAAAGAAUUAUGCUCACUUCAGUGUAAAAACAAAGAAUCUAAUGUUAUGGUUUUGUGGUUGUACACAGGAUGUGUUGAGAUAUUAUGCAAAAUGUGCUGUAAAAAAAAUCAGCUGUUUCCCCCCCCCCCCACCCCGAGUCUAAAGAAUAAAUAUUAAG